AUGGGCGAGGCGGUGCUGCACGUUGCUAACCUGAGCACAAUGCUGUUGUGCAUGGUGCUCAAACUUCCUCAGAUAUUCCUGCUUAUGAAGCUUAAAUCUGCCAAAGGUGUCAGUCUGAGGGCCUUGCUUUUGGAGCUUACAGGGUACAUUGUGUUUGUCAUUUAUCAGAUGUAUUAUGAAUACCCGUUGCCCACCUACAUGGAAUACCCUGUUCUGAUCUUCCAAGAUACCAUCCUUCUGUUUCUGAUCCUGCACUACAGCGGGAACCUGAAGCAGAGUGUGAUCUACAGUACAAUGUUUGUAGGGGCGUGGCAGCUACUCACACAUCAGAAGUGGAUCCUUGAUUUGGCAAUGAGCCUGUGCACCUUUAUCAGUGCUGGCAGUAAGUUUGUGCUGCUGCAGUGUCUGUGGGAGUCCAGAGACUCUUCACAUGUCAGUACUCUAUCCUGGACCAUGUCAACCUACACCUGCAUGGCAAGGAUUUUCACCACAGUUAUGACUACAGGGGACCUGCAGGUUAUGGCCCGGUUCAUCGCCAUGACAAUACUGAAUAUGUGGGUGACUGCAACGGUGCUGUACUACAAGCAGGGCUGCAAGAAACUGCACUAA